AUGAAUACUACUACAUCAUCACAUCAUAUUAUUCAUACUCUAAAUUUUAUAAAACAUGACAUUCUCAUUUAUUUACCACUUAUUUUUAUAAUUGUUGGUAUAAUUGGUUUUAUUGGAAAUUUAUUUACUUUUCUUCAACCAAUUCUCCGAUUAAAUACUUGUUGUAUUUAUUUGCUUUGUGGAUCAUUAGUCGAUGUUACUAAUCUAUUUGUGAAUCUUUUCCAUGUUUAUAGAACUCCAAAAAAUGAGAAUAUACUUUCAUUAAUAACUAGUAGUUAUGUAUGUAAGUUAAAACUUUUUGGUCUAGUCUUUUUGCCUCAAUUAUCUAUAAAUUUUUUAAUUGUAUCUCUUAUUGAUCGCUAUGCAUGUACAUGUAGUAUGACAUCAUGUAUAAGUCAAAUUCGACGAUUAGUAGUAGUACCAUUUAUAAUUUGUAUUACUAUUAUUAUCAGUGGUAUUAUGUCACUCUAUUCACCUAUGUAUUAUGAUUUCAAACCCAGUUUUGGAUGUACUUGUACAGAUCCAUUUCGAAAUGGUAUCUUAUAUAUAUUUAUUCAUGGUUUUAUAACACCAUUUGUAAUGUUAAUAUUUGUAUUACUUACUUAUCGAAAUGUUUUAGCUAGUCGUCGUCGAGCGGGUUCAAAAAAUCUAACAAAAAUUACUGGAUCAAAAAGUCCAUUUCUUCGAAUGAUUUUUACUCACGUUUUCACAACAAGUUUUUUAACAUUACAAUGGAUUAGUUUUUAUAUGUAUCAUAUAUAUAUAAAAGAUCAAUUAAAAACUAAUGAAGAAAUAACAAUUCAUUAUUUUAUUUGGUUUAUAAGUAAUAAUAUUUAUUAUCUUAUUAACGUUAAAUCAUUUUAUUUAUCAACAUUAACAUCUCGAUCAUUUCGAAAAACAUUUUUUAACUCUUUAUUUGAAUUAUUACCUUAUUAUCAAAAAAGAAAAAAGAAGAAGCAAUUACUACUAAAUCCUAUAAACAUUCCUUCAAGAAAUAAAUCAAAUGAUAUAGCACAAAGUGAUUUUUAA